UUCCUUGUGUUUCCAGAUCUGUACUAGAAUGGACACCAUACUGCUAUGGAUGGUUAUACUCCUCUUUGUCACCUGUCAUGGGAAAACUGUCUGGCUGCGCCUCAGAGUCCUGCCACAGCCUGUUUUUGAAGGAGACACACUGACUCUGAAAUGUGAGGGAGAGAAGAACAAAGCUGUGUCGCAGGUGAAGUUCUACAAAGAUGGGGAAUUACUUGAUUCCCCUAACACCAACAGUUCCUUAAUCCUGGGGACAGCAACAACGGCAAGCAGUGGCCAGUACAGCUGCACUGGGACGGUGAUUUACAUAUCCCAGCUCACACAAACCUCAGCAACUACCGUGGUUCAAGUCCAAGAGCUGUUCCAGGUUCCUGUGCUGAGGGCCACCCCUCCAGAGCCCCAUGAGGAGAAUCUAUUGACCCUGACAUGUGAGACAAAGCUGCACCCCCAGAAGUCAGCCUUGAGGCUCCUCUUCUCCUUUUACAAGGAUGGCUAUACCUUGCAAGACAGGGGCCGCCACCCAGUACUCUGCAUCCCAAGAUUCAAGGAGGAAGACUCUGGGAUUCACUGGUGUGAGGUAGCCUCUGAGGGUGGCCAAGUUAAAAAAGAGAGCUACUGCGUGGAGAUCAUGGUCCAGGUUCCUGUAUCCUGUCCUGUGCUCUCUCUAUGACACAGGGCCACUGGCCCUGCUUUGGAAGACAUAGUAGAGCUCCUCUGUGAGUCUCUGAAUGGCUCCCUUCCAACCCUGUACUCAUUCUACUUGAUGGGGAGAUCUUGGGGAAACACCUGGGCUCCCUAUGGCAGAACAGCUUCCCUUCUUCUUCAAUGGUCAGUGAAGGAUGCUGGGAACUAUUCCUGUGAGGCCAAGAGCAGUGUCUCCAGAGAGAAGAGUGAGUCCAAGUAGCUCUUUCUGGAUGGUUCUCAAGUCUUGUCCACCCCCACCAUCAGCAACUGGCUGGUUGCCUGGCUACCUGGGAGUCUGCUUGGUGUAAUGUUCAUUGCUGCUGUGCUUCUAGCAUAUUUCAGACCCUGGAGAAAAGCUGGGUCCCUUCCAUCCCAGAAUCCAUCCCCAGCUCCAAAUGGAGAGCAGUGUCCACUACAUGACAAUGGUAAGAACUUCCAGCAGGACCCUGCCUGUCUGCAAAGGCAGAAGAAGAUAUCUCACAAGAAGUAG